UCGAAACUUUGCUCUCAAAGUGACCAAUCAGAGGCGAAUAGCUCCUCGCUCAAGUCUCCCAGGGAAUGGGAGACCAAAGAAAGAGGAAUUAAGCACACAUGCAGCUGAAAAUCAAAUCACACUGAUGAUUUGAGAUUACCUCCACAUCAGACACAAAGUCUCUCCUCCACUCUACAAUGCAACCCAGAGUCCUAGCGCAGGAACUGCCCCGGCUACCCAAGUCGUCCACAUGCGCCAGCGCGCGCUGGCAAGCCGUAGUGACUCGAGAUGCGACCGCCAACUCCUUUGUCUACGCGGUGCUCACCACAAGAAUCUACUGUCGUCCCUCAUGCCCGGCGCGUCUUGCCCGACGAGCCAACGUGCGCUUCUACGACAACCCUUCACAGGCCGAGCGAGCAGGGUUUCGGCCCUGUAAGCGCUGCAAACCCGAUGCCUCCGGGACAAACUACAACCCUCAGGUCCAAUCAGUGCACCGAGCCUGUCAAACCAUCAAAGCUAUCGUCCAGUCUGGAUCGAAACCAACCCUACAAAGGCUGGCGGCUGAGGCGAACCUGACACCCAGUCACCUUCUUCGCGUCUUUAAGAAGGUCAUGGGCGUUACGCCGGGGCGAUAUGUGGCGGACAUGUUGAGGAAGGAUGCAGUUGCUGGGAACUCGUUGGAGGGAUCAGGGAUUCAGCCCGAACCUACUAGUAUCGCUGAAUGCAACCCAUGCGAUGGGGAAGGGAAUGGGUCGGUCGGGCUGGAUGGUGGUGGUAACAGUAAGAGUGAGGAUGGGGAUGGGGCCGUGCUGUGGAAUGAGUUUGAUGUCUUGAUAGCCGCCGAGGCUGGGUUCGUUGCGAUGCAGGAUGUACAACCUGUCGAUGAACUGCUUGCUUGGCAUGGAGUACCAGAUUCUUACGACGUGGGUUUGGAUGAAACUUCUUCUUUAUCGGAUGGGAAGACCACUUGAAGAAGGAGGGGCUUCUUUGAGAUUAAACGGAAUUGAAACUCCCGAAGACAUGAAGCGACUGUCGCGUGACAUGCACAGCCUGAAUGGAACCUUUUUAGCCGUGACUUGUCUUGGUCGGCAUGGGGAAACCCGAACCAAAUGUCUAGGACUUACGUAUUCAGGGGAAGGAACAACGGUGACGGUGGUAGUGCUGAUGGUGCUGGGGCCGUCAGCAGAGCGGGCGUGGAGGCCCAGGAGUAUAUAUUUUCCCGCCUGUGCUGCUGCUGGGGGUGGUGGUCCACUUUUCUCUGUCUAGGGGUCUUCUUUCAUCCUCAAACGUAAGGUACG